AUGCCCAAACCAACGGUUCCCUUUGUAGGCUCUUACGAUGACCUGCGAGAGCUCCAUCUCCUCCACCACAUCUUCUCCCUCCCACAACUCGACUCCAUCCGCAACAACCCCAAAGCCGUGCUGGCCGCGAUUGACGACUUUGUGCAAGUGACCGAGAAGCGCCUGAUGACCAUCGGCCCCAACAAGGGCGCCUUCAUCGGCCAGUUAAUCCACGACCACAAGCCCUCGACGGUGAUUGAACUCGGUGGCUUUGUGGGCUACUCUGCCAUCUUGUUUGGCGAUGCGCUGCGCGCAGCCGGCGGGAAACGCUAUCUCAGCCUGGAGAUUAACCCGGUCAAUGCGGCCAUUGCGAAUCAGCUGGUUGAGUUGGCUGGGUUGCGGGAUAUUGUGACUGUGCUUGUGGCGCCGAGUCACAAGAGUAUUGCGCGGCUGGUGAAAGAGAAUGAGAUUGAUAGUAUUGAGUUUCUGUUUGUCGAUCACUGGAAGGAUCGCUAUGUGUACGACCUGUGGCUGAUUGAGAGUCUCGGACUGUUGAAGCCGGGUGUCUCGGUGAUUGCGGCCGAUAACUGCAUUGUUCCGGGGGCGCCAGAUUAUCUCGCGUGGGUGAGGGCAUCACCAGCUGAAAAAGCAGUGCAGUUGAAGGAACACCAGUUCCCGGAAAGUGUACUGCAAGGUGCCGACUUGACCAAGGCUAUCAAGUCCGGAGCGGAGAAUGUAGAGUUGGAGAAUGUUCCUGGGGAUCCAAGUUAUCUUUAUGAGACCAGUCUUACCAAGUUUGACAUGGGCUCUGGACGGACUGAUGGCGUCGAAGUCAGUAAGGUGGUUGGGAAAGAAUGA